AUGCCGAAAGAUGUGACGUGGGAGGAGGAAGAAGAAGAAGAAGAAGAAGUAACGAUGUCCCUGUAUAUAGAUCAGAUCUCGGUGUAUUUGCAUUUCCUCACCGGACUCCUCGCAGCCGCAGCUUGCAUCAGCAGCGUAGCUGCCGCCCCACAAGCUCACCAAACGUGUACCUAUACCUACCGACUCCAGGAACUCGCACGCCUCCCCGGAGGAUACGGCAAAGACUGGAAAAAUGUGCAGUCCGGUCUCUGCGGCAAGUUCGGUGGUGGAUGGGAUUCAAACUCUGGCUUUUGUUCCAUUUCGAAAUCCUUGUCGGACAAGAUUUUUCAUUUUGACGUCAAGCCUGAUCCUGAAAAGCAGGGUCUCAAGCCUAUUACAGUGAGAGCCAAGUAUCUCGAUGUGUUUCCCCCAAGCUGUAAAUGA